GCGCCCAAUUGCACGAAGCGGAAGUGUCAUUGCCAUUGGGUACUUCAAGUUCAGCAUACUGACGUUCCGAUUGUAGAACUACGGCGCUCAUUUGACCACCAUCUUCUGUACCCCACCGGGUGGUAGUCGGACAGCACACCCUCAAUGCCCACGGGCUUUUCGAAUUUCCACUUGACCACUUAUUUACAUAUAGACGCAUAUGGAUGCUAGUCGUAUCGUGCACGUUUUCUUCCCUAAUAUCUAGUAAGAUCCCUGCAAGGAGCACAUCCACAUUGUUCGGAUUUCCAGUUUUAUAUUGGAAACUUUCCAGGAAGUCCCGAACGACAAACUGCCAGUGGGAUUUGUCAUAUGGUUGCGGCGAUUACCUAACGAUUUGAAAUACCGUAAAAGUACGGAUCACUGGAUGCGCUCCAAACUUCAGGGACUGCAACAUUUCGAAGCAGUGAGAUGGCGGAACAAUUUGCAACCACACGUCUCCAGAAGGAAUUCAUUGAACUACUUCAAGACCCGGUGCCAUACGUAUCCGCCGCUCCUAAUCCGAAUAAUCUCUUGGAAUGGUACUACGUGCUGCGUGGCCCGGAGCAAACACCGUACGACGGCGGAUAUUAUUUGGGCCGACUGAUUUUCCCCUCGGAAUAUCCCUUCAAACCACCGGCCAUUUUCAUCCUGACGCCAAACGGCCGUUUCGCGGCAAAUAAGCGGCUGUGCUUGAGUAUCUCCGAUUAUCAUCCGGAAAAGUGGAACCCGGCCUGGAAUGCUGGCACUAUUUUGCACGGAUUGCUCAGCUUUAUGACUGGUAAAGGAUCUACUGUCGGAGCGAUAAAUUCCACCGACGAAGAUAAACGUAAUUUGGCCCGAUCAAGCAUCAGCUGGAAUCUCGGUAACGCGACCUUUUGUCAACUCUUUUCGGACCUUGUCCCCGCACUGGAAAAGAAGCAAAAAGAGUGCGCGUCAGUGACGGGGAACGGAGCGUAGCCGUACAAAAAAGACCUCGAUAAAAGAGCUUAAAGAGUUUGUGAAACACAGAAAAUAUUUGGAAGAACAAAUAAAAAUCUAUGUACGCAAGUACUUUUUUGACCGGAGUCAAAAUUCCUAUUGAUCUUGUUUGAUACUUGGUGGAUAUUAGCAGUAUUAAUUUUCUUUGGUAAUUGUUAGCAGUUUGUAAUUUUUGAUACCAAUAACUUCAUUCACUUACCUUUCCGGGAGCUCUAGAAUAUGUGAGCACUGCUCCGUGCCUGCUAGUGUUUACGUUCAAGUUUUUUUUAUUUCGCUCUGUGUUCCUUAUGUUCAUUAUUGCAUAACUGCUGCGCAUUCUGCAUGAACAGGCUAACAUCUCCAAAAAAGCCACACCUACAG